AAGGCUGGUCAGGGGCGUGAGUUCCCCUCCACCAGCACCAAAACAUUGCAAAAAAAGGCAGAGCGCCCCACACUUUAGAUAAGGACAAUUAGCCACCAGCGAGCCCCUGCAGACAGCGAGUUAAUUAGGGGUUUCCUGCUCUCCGGCAUGCCCUAUCCAAGCUCCUGUCCCCCCGGGCUCUUAGCCCUGAUGGCACCUGGGCUGGCGCUCAUGGCCACCUUCUCGCUGUCCUCCCAGGUCGGGGACAGGAGAGCGCUGCCGGUGGAGAAACCUUCAGGUGUGAAGGGAAGAACUCUCAUUCUCCUUGAUGUCAACACCAAGAGCCCUGUCAGGAUAAUCAGUGAGAAUUUCCUCUCCCUGCAGCUGGACCCCUCCAUCAUUCAUGAUGGCUGGCUCGAUUUCUUAAGACCCCAGUAG